AUGGAUGAUGUUUAUGUUCACCAGAUAACAGACGACGACGUGCGCCAAGCUCCGAUCCUCGCAAAUGACCAGGCACCUCGCGUCAAUAUUGUUUCAGGAAAACAAAACAUCUUCUUUUUCAAACUUCCAUUCGAUCAAGGAAGCUAUGCAACAGUCGAGUUUUACAUCACCCCAUUUCGCCACGCCGAUAUAGAGCAUACUCUGUUUAAAGUAAAAGCAAUUUAUACACCAUCCGACAAUAACAUACGCUUAGACCAGGUUAUUGAGGCAGCCCAGCUUAUUUACGACACAUAUAUAAAUGUAAUUAGACUGGAACUAGAUGGAGAUAUUCUUAAGUGUAUACCGCGCGAAGCAGUGGGCACUUUUCCUUCUACUCCCUCAACCCCCUCCCUAAGCGACGCAUGCAAUAAGAUUACCACUCGCGUAUCCACCCGCUCUAUUCCCCUCGAUGGCUCUGACAGUGAAGUCGGUAGCGAAGGUAUGGGACGCGAUGUAAGCGAGCCAGGACACGCGAGAAUCACACGCAAGCAAGACCGGGGCCGGAAUAAACCAGAGCCAAUCGCCAAGGGGUUGGUCAAGAGGAUUCAGAAAGGACAAAUGAACAGAGUAAAAUCUGGACAAGAAGUGAAUGAUGAUCACGCAGCCUUUAAGUUCUUGGUGCCCCACGAUGGCAAUAAUUAUGACUUGAAUCAAAUUAUGAAUGCUCUUUUAGAGAUGGAAACUCGUUAUCGAAAGGAUAAAGAUAACGGAAAAUGGUGGACCCCUUGGUUUUUUCGCUGUUGCUUACAAAUGGUUAUUGAAGAGGUCCUUCCUUGGAACAAACAUCCCCAUCGCAAGCAUAAGCCGUUUCAGGGAGCAAAAGCGGCAAACCUCAUUGUCGAUAAGCUGCUGAAGUCUGAUGAAUCAGGCAGCAAGUUAAGCAAGCCGUCGGAGCUCACAUCUAAAGGCAUAGAACGCGUCAGUGAUUUAGUCGCAAAGGAUCUUCAUGGACAGAUACCUACCCUUACGCCCUCUUCUUUGAUACCAUUCCCAGGACUGUGGCUUAGUAUGUUAUUUCCAACAGUCCAGUAA